AGAGAAGAAGUCGAGGACUAAGGAAUCGGCCUAACCGGGGAACAUUUGCGUUAGAGCAUUUUUGUUUAUUAACGUAGAUUUUUUUUUUCCAAGAAGUAACUGGAUAGAAGAAUACUUUGAAGACAAUAGUUUCAUGUUGAAUGCACUAAAAGCGCAGAUCACUAAUUCGCUAAUCGUGUGCUAAAUCUUUUGCAAGCGAGGCUUUAUAGCAACGUUAGGUGCGUCGCAAAUAUGAUUUAUUACGUAACAUUAGAUGUAUUUAAUAUACCAAGCUUGAUUCUUGAUACUUGAUUCACGUUUUCUUUACUGCAUUUAUUUUGCAUGGCUUGACCAAAAACAUACUAUAGGAAUAGAACUCACUCAAUAACAAAACACUGUCUUAUUUUAGCUUGGAAAGAUGGCCGAUUUACUGACUGUGUACGACGACGAGCAGGCCAACAGCUUCAUCGACUGCACGAUCUGCAAUAAAAGAAUACGGGGAGACACUCAUUAUAAAAUCCACGUGACCACUUUACAACAUUUGAAGAAAGAGGACACCCUAGCUUCACAAGGAGAGAUUCCGAGACAACCUCCACUGCCAGAAUGGAAUGACAUAGUCGAAUAUUUGGAAUACCUGAAACUUGAUGAGCCCAUCAUUGGUCUCAACUCCCUGAUACAGAUUCAAGAUCAUCUCACUGACGAUGGCAAAACUGUCUUGAAGUACAAGUGCCGAAUGUGUGUCGUGGAGAUGGACCUUUACAGCAUGGUGGCCCAUAUCGUAGGACGUAAACACAGACAAAAAUACUUGGAGCUGAAAAGACCAGACUUGGUGACAUGGCAAGACAACAACCAGAAACAGCCAGGUCUCGUUGCCAGAGCUAAAGCUGCAGUGGUCGAAAAGCAGGAGGGAUGGGGAAAGCCAGUGGCACUCAAAAGACCUCAAGAGAAAUUCAGAAAUGUUGUUCAAGCAGGAAGUGAUUUACGGGCUAGUGUUCAUGAACAACACUACUAUGGACUAGACUCUCCUAGGAAGCCUCCUUUGCCUGAACAGGUUCAAAAACAGACAUACCUGGAUGAAGACCGACACGGAAGACCCUAUUAUACAGGCGAUGAGUAUGACCAGUACAGUAGACCUAAUAAUCCAAGUCACGCAAUCCACCAACAGUUCUAUCCAGAAGAAAUCCGAUAUCAAGAACCUUACGAAGAUGCUGACAUUAGAGGAAGAUACUCACAAGGUGAUGAUUAUCUUGAAAGAGCUGAAAGAGAAAUACAUACUAGGCCCUAUGCAGACCAGGGUGGACGGAGACUUCAAGAAGACUAUGAAGGAGAAAGUCUUGGCAGAGGACAGUUCCCAGGAGGUAAAACAAACCGAUUCAAUGACAAAGACCUCCGAAUCCGCCCGGCAACAUCAGAAUAUCAGAAAGAGCAAAUGGAAGUUAGGCAGUAUGCAAAUUAUGAAGAGAGAAAUCCUGCCAUGAAUCCCAUGUCAAUGCAUGGAAGUAACUUCAAUGAGGAGAAAAGGGGGACUGUAAGAGAAAUGCACAGCAGGCCUUGGGACAAAGCUAAUGAGGUACAAGGUUACCCCCCUAUGUUUGAACCCAGAGAUCCAAGAACAUAUUCACACGAAGCAGUUCCAGCUAAAAAGAAAAAGAAGAGCAGAUUCUCUGAUGCUACCGCAGAGGAAAUCGCACUCGCUCAUUCGAGACAUUCAAAUAAAUCCACCCUAAAAGAGAAACCAAGAGGAGCACCGUUUAGAGCAAAUCCUCCGUCGUUUAAUAACCAAUUUGUGGAUUCUGGAAGUACAUCCCAUCUCAAUCCGAAACAGGAAAAUGUUCUGGACAUACUUAAUGACAUCAAGAUUGAUAAUAUGGACGAAGCCAGAUUUCUUAAAGAAAAGCUGUGCACCGUUUUGAAGGAGUUUCAAGAAAACAAAUCCAGAAGUACUGGGGGCCAUACUUCACAGCCUGUCAGUGAUCAUAGAGGGGUAAAGCAGACACGGGAUGAUCCAGAUGGCAUGCAUUUAGAAAAGAGAGGUUUCCAAGAGGCCAGACAAUAUGAUGAUGAUCCCAGAAGUUUCCAGGAAUCCAGACAAUAUGGAGAUGACCCUAGAAUGUUUCGAGAGGUCCGACAAAUUGGGGAUGAGCCCAGAAGUCUUAGCGAGACCAGACAUUAUGAAGAUGAUUACAAAGAGUCAAAACGAUUUGAUGGUUAUCCCAGUGGUCUUCAAGAAGCAAGGCCAUAUGCCAAUGAUCCCAGAGGAUUUCAAACGACUAUGUUACAAGAGACCCCACGAGAUCUUCCCCUUGAGAGGAGACGUUAUCAUGAAGAUCCUAGACAAAAGGAACAACAUUUUGAAGAAUAUUCAAGAGCAGAAGCUUCAAGAAGUACUCAAGAAACAAGAUAUUAUGAAGAUGAUUACAUUGGCUUUGGAAAAUUGGAUCCUGAAAGAAAUUGGGGACGUUCAUCAGAGCGUUAUGAGAACAGAGGCCAGGCAGAUGUUGAGAGGGGUUUUCAAGAGAGCUUUGGCAAGCAUCCUGUUCACUUCCAACCAAUCUCUCUACAAGAAGAAUCAAGGAUGUAUGCUGGGAGAACACAGCAGCGGUCUCAUCAGAGUGACUAUCAACCAGGCGACGAACCCUACGACCCGUUCCACCCGUCAUCCUCGCCACCUCCAGAAGCGCCCAGCUCCACCAGUCUUGACAAGAUUGCCUCAACUCUUCUUGAGCUUGUGGCUCGUAGAUAAAGUUAGACUUAUCAGUCAGGCAGUUCAUUAUGUUAGAUGGUUGUAGCUUAACAAUAGUCUGCAGUGAUUGAUCAUCUUUAUGUAAAUUCUUCCAAAAUCAUCCAGUUAAUGGAAUACUGUGUUCAUCCAUACAUUCUGCUUAUCCUCUGUAGGGUGAUAGAGGGCUGGAGCUUAUCCAAGCAUCUCGGGGCUCCCACGCACACACACACACACACACACAUACAUGCACACACUCUCUAAUUAAUGCUGUUUUCAGUUACUACCUUAAUUCUCACUGCUUUUAGUUUGUCAAGAUUUGUAGCCUGCUUGCUAUUAUGUUUUCAGUUUGGUUUUUGUGCUAUGAAACUGUAGUGGCUUUUGUUCAAAUGAUUUAAGAAAGAUGAUUGAAAAUAAACAGUUCAACCAAA